ACAAUAGUGUAGAGUUGGUAGAUUUAAGCGAAAAUGAAAACUAUAAUAAAGAUGAUAAGGAAGAUAAGAAAAUACAAGUAGUUACUCAAAGUCUUUUGCAAAAAAAGCUAAGUGAAGAUACUAAAAUGUCAAAAAACAAAUGCAUAUUGAAAAAAUAUAGUAAAAUAUAG